GUAUCAGCCCAUCUCCUCUCUCUCUCUCUCUCUCUCUGUGAAAAGUCGCACCCCCGCCAGUGCCCGUGCCUGAGUGGCAUCCUUUCUCGUCGUGGCAAUGGAAGCCUCAGUUUCUUCCUCGAUACUCAUGAAAAAUCCAAGCAUUUCCAACAGCAAUCUAUUGUUUGAAAGCAGAAACAUUGCAAAGUGUGCAAGCUUUACCAGAAAACCACAGAACCUUGCUAUACAAAAACCAAGCACAAAAGCUUGGAGGAUUGCAGCAAUCGACGAUGUUUCAGCUGUAGCUGAUCCGACCCCGGUCGUCAUCACCUGGCAAAUUGUUGUCGGAGCUAUAGCUGGAGUUGCACCUUUUGUGGUCGCUGGAAUUGAAUUCAGCAAAAGAAUAAUCGCACAGAAAAGAUGCGAGGUAUGCAGAGGGUCAGGACUUGUUUUGACCAAAGACAACUAUGUGAAAUGUCCUGAAUGUGGUGGAUUUCUCCCUUGGCAAUCAUGGAAAAGAUUCUUUUCUGGCUAAGAUCCAAUAAUUUUUAGCAUUAACACAUUUUCUAUAAGUUCGAUGGAGGACGUUUGAUCCAAUUUUAUGAUGCAACUAUUGAAGCAUAAGUUGCUUUGUACAUGUUGGUGUGUGAUUUCGUGGGAUAAGACAGCAAUGUGAAAGCUUGUAGAAUUUGCAGGGGAAAGAUCACAAUCUGCCAGGCAGAAUGGGAUCUGUGAACAAUGUUUUGUGCCUGUAUGCUUGCAGUGCAUUGAGCAACUGUUAUAUAAACAGGUCAAUUCCUAA